AUGGGAGCUACCAACGCGCCCAAACACUUUCAUGCUGUUAUGGGAAAGAUACUAGCCAAGUUACCAUUCGCCAACGACAUUAGAUACUACCAGGAUGACAUCUUCAUCUCUGCCACCAACUCUAAGCAACUACGCCAACGUUACCAAAAAGCCAUAGACUACCUAAUCAAAUGCAACUUCCAAGUCAACAAACUCAAAUCCCAACUUAACUGUACAGAUCUACUAGGGUACACCUUAAACAACCACCAACUAUCAAUACCAGAACCAAAAUGGAAACGAAUAGAGGAACUACUCAACUCGAACAACCUAGAUCUAAUCAAAAGAGCUGCCCAAACGCUCUCCUACUACAAACAUGCUCUAUCAGAAAGCCAACAAUUUACCAUACGCAAACUGCUAACCAACAAGGUUAAAGACUCUGACAUAUUGACCGUAUACACCAAAGCCUUAACUGUUAAACCUAAGAAGACCUUCUCCGCAUCAGGGGAACCACUCAAACUAUACCUAGACUCCUCGAAUACAGCUGCGGGACUUGUACUCAAACAGGCAGACAAUACACUACUAACCGCCUCAAUACCAUUACCCGCAGUACACAAUUACGCCAACUCGAACGAAGCCCAAGGGGCGUAUAUGUUAAUCAAGAAGUACCUUAACCAGAUUAAAGACUACACGAAAACUGCUAAGACUGACCUUCAGGUCUUUACGGAUAAUGCAUUACUAGCCAAGGCUCUAACGAGCCCUUUAAAAAUAGACCCUAUAACCGAAACCAUAUACUACGCACGCAAGUUAAGAAUACUGCUCGACUCAAUAAAAUCAACUAAGACUACAUACCAUUAUAUACAAGGAAGCUUAAAUCCAGCAGACAAACCAUCCAGAAUACGACUUAAGACACAAGACCGAAAGAAGAACACAACUCACACUAAACAAUUAUACAGAAGAAUUUCCGCACACAACGGGGCAUACUACACUUCAUAUCGCACACAGAAUGCCCGCACACAACUUAGACCACAAUUACCGAUUCCAGAUCGCACACGAUCUAGAUCAGAUCUAGAUCUAGAUCUGGAGGAAAUACCUGAGAAAUCAAGAAAAAGAUUGAUAAUCUCUGAGACUACGAAUACGACCGAACCAACUCAGAUCACGGAGACAGACACAAAGAGACGGCGUCUCCCCACCUAUGACUGA